GUCUCGUGCGUCCUGUCUAUUGCGGCAAAGAAAGAACUGCACGCGGGUAAAGAUGGGGUCGGUGUUCGUGUUACUUGUGGCCGCCAUUCUCUACCGGCCGAGCACCGGGAGUGAGGCAGCCGUUACCGUCACUCUCUCCCCGCAGGCGAGCGAGCAGUUCAGCACGGGCGGCGCCGCCGCCCCCGCCAGCCAGGUUCCUCCAGAAGUAGACCCGGUACUGGCGGCCAGGGCUCAGCGCCACAACCUGCUGCUCCUCUUCCAGCGCUACGGGGAAAACAACCAGAGCCUGACCAUGGCCGGCUUCCGGCUACUGCUCCGCAGCCUUCGUGAGGAGAGACUGAAGAGCAUUACUGAUAGGAGCUCAUCAUCGGGACACCACAACCACCACCACCAUCAUCAUCAUCAUCAUGAUGAUGAUGGUGGUGAUCAUCAUUCUCCCCACCACCACCCUCAUCAACACCAUCCACAUAAUCAUCAUCAUCACAAGUCUGCAGCCUCCCCUCCGGAGCACGGCCUCACUACUUGUAAAGAGACGCGGAAGAGGCGGCAUGUCCCCUCUCCAGGGGCAUCUGUCACCGGCGCCGGGACACAGGAGGAGUGUUUGAACGCCUCCAGACUGCUGACAUCACAUGGGAUGGACAUGCACAUGCUGCUUGGGGUCAAUGAAUUUGGCUACAUAUGUCCAGCAAUUAUCAAUCAGAUUGACAGGAAGUCCUGUCUGAUUAAUGCUGAAGAAAAGGCGGCGGUGGCAGAAAGUAGCCAAGGAGCGUACUCCAAGAAAGUAGCUUGGAUUGGCGGCUGUAUAGCAAUCACUAUCAUUAGUGUAUUGUCUUUACUGGGGAUCAUCUUGGUUCCUCUGAUGAACAAAGUUUUCUUCAAGUUCCUCUUAAGCUUCCUAGUGGCGCUGGCAGUUGGCACUUUAAGCGGAGAUGCAUUUUUGCACCUUCUUCCACAUUCCCAUUCGAAACAUUACCACAGCCAUGGUGGGUUUGUGAAUAAAACCCAUGAAGAUGAAGCUCAUGAACAAGAUGCCCACUUGGAUGCAACAUUAAAGGGUCUGACCACCCUGGGAGGUCUCUACUUUAUGUUCCUUGUGGAGCAUUUGAUCACAUUGAUCAAGCAAUAUAAAGACAAAAAACAGAAGAAUCAGAAAAAAAUUGAUACUGAAGAGGAAGUAGAAAUUAAGAAGCAGCUGUCAAACCAUUCACAUAUCGAGGAAAAAGAGGCAUCUGAAUCUGGUUCCCAUCAUGAAAACUACACAGAGGGUGAAGCACAAGAAGGGAAUCACUUCCCUUCCGCACAGCCCGAUGCACCAGAAGAGGAGGAGGAAGAAGUAAUGAUUGCUCAUUCCCAUGAUGAGGCUAGUUACCAGGAAUACGUGUCUAGAGGAUGUGAAAACAAAUGUCAUUCCCAUUUUCAUGACACACUAGGACAGUCUGAUGACCUCAUUCAUCAUCACCAUGAUUACCAUCAUAUCCUACAUCAUCACCAUCACCAAAAUCACCAUCCGCACAGCCAUUCACAGCGGUACUCUCGGGAAGAACUGAAAGAUGCAGGAAUUGCUACUUUGGCUUGGAUGGUAAUAAUGGGUGAUGGACUACACAACUUCAGCGAUGGCCUAGCAAUUGGAGCAGCAUUUACGGAAGGGCUAUCCAGCGGCCUAAGCACUUCUGUGGCAGUGUUUUGCCAUGAAUUACCACAUGAGUUAGGUGAUUUUGCAAUCCUGUUAAAUGCUGGUAUGACAGUAAGGCAAGCAGUUUUAUACAACGCACUGUCUGCCAUGUUUGCAUACCUGGGUAUGAUCACUGGCAUUCUCAUAGGCCACUAUGCAGAAAAUGUUUCAAUGUGGAUCUUUGCACUUACAGCUGGGCUAUUCAUGUAUGUCGCUUUUGUUGACAUGGUACCAGAAAUGUUGCACAAUGAUGCCAGUGAUCACGGCUGCAGUCGCUGGGGUUAUUUUCUGUUACAGAAUGCUGGAAUUAUUUUAGGUUUUUUCAUUAUGUUGGGCAUUUCUAUAUUGGAACAUAAAAAUGCCUUCACAGUUAACCUAUAACGUUAGGUUACUUUGGCCAUGUUUGUCCUUGUGUUGUAGACUAACUUAUGUAUUUCGGUUUUUAUUUAAUUUUUAUUUUUUUAUGUUGCGAGCGUGUGUAUUUUAUAUCAAUUCUACAAAACAAUAGCACUUAGUGAAGUCACCGGUAAUGUAGUAAACUGCCUUAAAACGAAGGACACUUGUGCCAAACCAGAGCUGGUCUUUUUUUAUUUUGUAUGUAUUUAAUGAACUUGUCUGUUUUUUCUCCUGUCUGGUAGAUCUUAUUUAUAGAUGUCAAUGUUCUUCCUGUGUUUCAAAAAAACUCAAGACAAUGCCAAAUUAGUUGUAUAGCCUGGUGGCAAUAUUAAAAUAAAAUCAGAGUGAAAAUGCAAACAUAGACCUGCAAGAAAACAAGAACCUGUAAUUGUAUGAUCUGCAUGGUGUCCUGCAUAUUUCAACUCCUCCUUCCAUGCAAAGACCAUGAGCACUUCUACUUAUUUACACAAGUCAAUGCUGGAGCUCACUAUUAAAGUCUAUGAACGAUA